AUGAUCCCGACGCGGGUGCUGUGGGCCCAAAGAGUCUACGAUGGCAUUCGCAGAGCGCCGAAGCAGGUGCUAGCAAAGAGACCUCAACUCCACUCAAUUCUUCCAGUUCCCAAGUGCAAACGGGUCAACAGUUGUGAACCAUGGCUCCAUAUACAAUAUGAGAUCGACCCUAGUCCGAACAACAUCGUCACCAAUCCGAGCAACAACAAAAUCACGGAUCAAUCACAUCCAGUCUACUACAAAAUGCAACAGAAAAUGUUGGCGUUUAACCAAAAUCAACUCCAUUGGUCGGUCGUGGUCAGCACAGCUUUACAUAAGAAACCUACGAUCCGCCACCGGGUCAAGCGAAGGUUCAAGCAGGCAAUGCAAGAUAUGCUCCGAGAGCUUGGAUACAACGAGCAAGGAGAGCCGGGGGCGAAAGCUGCAAACGAAAACAUACACGGGGCGAUUCUCAUGAUCAUCUCAGCGGCAGAUCCGUGGGCCGCCCGCGAAUAUCCAUGGCCAAAAGUCCAAGCGAUGGUUCGCUGGACCCUGGACACCUUCCUCAAAGCGCGUGGUCAGCCCGACAAACUCGAUGAUGUCGAAGCGGAGGCGCGGCGCAAGAGGUUGGCUGCCGAGGAAGAACUUAUUCGUACACGGGUCGGGAUCGAUGGCUGUACUCUGGAAACGCUGCCAAUUCGCAAAUUCCCUACUCUUCCUCCACCAGAGGCAGCGUUCGAGAUGGAGAGAUUAGCCAGACCAGAUGCACGACAACCGCCAAUAAUACGCAAAGUAGGUUUUGACGGGAGCGUGCCUCCGAUAAAGUACCACGGAGCGAAGGACACGGCGAUAAGAUAUGACUCGGGGAGGGACUCGGAACCCUCAGUUGCAAGAGACGGCGACGAUUUACAUGUAAAAAAAGGCAGUGUCGAUACCUUUUAUAAAUUCAAGGCAGUCAAAGCUUGA